AUGACCUCGCCGACACCGGCGACGACGUGGUGGCUGCCAUCCGCACACAGAUCCACCAGGUCAGCGCGUUUCAGCGCCGCUUGCGAGUUUGCCUGUCGUGCGGUGCUUAUCGGACAACCGCCAGAGGGCCAGGGGGUGAUGAUGCUCACUAGGAAGGGCCGCGUCAUCAACGCUGGCAUGAACUCGCUCUCCGAGGCGCGGAAGGUGACCGCCUACCUCUGCAAGAUCUUGUGCAACCUGGCCCUGAUCGGCGCCGUCCUGUUCAUGGCCUUCAUGGUCGGGUCUCGCCAUGUCCAUGUGCAGGCCAAGCUAGUGGUCAUCCCAGCGCUGCUCUUGACGGCCGUCCUCAUCGGGAUGUGCCUGUACGGUUCCAGGCCGCGUAAAGAUUGCGGGUCGGACUUCAGGCAGCAGUUCAACGUCGCAGAUUUGUGCGUGGCGAGCUAUUCGCGCGUUGACACUUGGGGUUGUUGCCGUCGGGUGCGCAGGGGACACUUACGCUUGUGCUUCGGCAAGUUCUACCCUGACAACCUGGCCCUCCAGGAGGGCCUUCCGCAAGGCACGCCCAACGUUGGGUGCUUGGUGCCCGUCGCGACGAUGGGGCCCAGCAAAGCCGGGGAGACGUCAACUUCGAGGCAGCAGAAGCAAGAACAGCGCCAGACGGCUCAGCGCACGGCCACGGGUCGGAGCCAAGACGGUCUCAGCCCGAUGACGACUUGUGUGCUCGCGUUCCUCGGCCUCUUCGGGGGCAUCUAUGAGGUCGUCGCGGUCGGCAAGAGCACGCAGGAGUACAAUGACAGCGUGUGCCUGGCGAAGGUCAAGGGCUGCGACUGGGAGGUGCCCAACGUCAUGCAGAUGAGCCGGGUGCCUGGGGAGGCCAACCCGCCGAGGGACUUCCACGAUCCAGAGCGCAGCUCUGGAUGCAACGCCGAGGGUGAGUACUGCAAGACCUAUUGGCGGCCAAUCACGUACUGCUCCCUGGAUCCGAGCAUCAACCCCGGCAUCGAGGUGCAGGUGAAGUUGACCUGCAAGGAGCUGGACAAGAUACUAAACGUCAUACACAGAGAGUCCGAGAAGCAUGAUGGGCACAAGAAGGCCGGCGUGGUGUACAAAAUCUUGCAGGAGUUCAGCAUCCAGACCAUGGCCGUAUCGGGCAUGCCGAGAGGCGGGCUGGUCUCGCUCGUCCCUGGCCUGAAACUGAUCAGGAUCGGGUCGCAGACGACCGGCGAGUCACAGCAGCUGAACCACUCGGGUGGCGUGGACUUCGAGCGGUUGAGGUCCAGGUGCGAGCAGGAGGAGGGCGCGUACCAGGGGGCAGUGCGCUUCGUGUUCCACAAGGACCCCGAUACCGUACCCCUGCAGGACAGCGACUGCGACCAGUUGCAGCAGGCCUGCGAGGCGGAGGAGUUUGGCCCGCAGUUCAACGGCUGGUGGCCCCCCUCGCGCCUCUUCAUGCCCGACAAGCGGCGGACCGUAUGCUUCUUCAAGCCCGACUGGGUCACACUCUUGGGUGGCAACAUUUACUGGCACGAGAUGGACGCGUUCGAGGAGGGCCUGACUUGCCACGGGGUGCCCGGGCACAGCGUGCGCAUAUCUGACCCG